AUGUAUAUUGAACGGCUGAAGGCCGGCGGUAGCGACAGCGCGCCACAGCGCCGGAGCGGCUUCUGGGCCGAAAUCGAGACCCUCAAGUCGCCUGAGAAGAAAGAGGUUGCAAAGUUGCCCAGUGUUGGCGCUGCUGCCUCGAGCUCAGACAAGAUCCGACUGCCUGACGGCAAGCCUACUGUCAUCGUAUUUCUCCGCCAUUGCGGCUGUCCUUUCGCCGAAAAAGUGUUCAAGAAACUGUCUGCCCUCUCCCAUAAACAGCCGGACAUUCACUGCAUCGCCGUAUCGCACUCUUCCACCGCGGCGACAGAGAAAUGGAUUCCGCAAGUCGGCGGCGCCUGGUCUACCGACGUGGUCAUCGACGAGCGGCGGGACCUGUACGCGCAAUGGGGUCUCGGGCUGAGCAGCGUGUGGCACAUGUCCGCCCCCUCGGUACUGUAUUCCGUGUACCGCCUGGGCACUGACGAGGGCGUCUGGAACCGACCCACGGAAAGCGGCACCCGUUGGCAGAUUAGCGGCGCAUUUGCCACUGAUGAGGGCGGUGUGGUGCGCUAUGCUCAUGUCGCGAAGGCGGCCGAUGACAUGCCAGACCUCAAGGCUGCAGCGCAGUCAGUGGGUAUCACGGUGGAAGAGGAAGCCACAAGAUCUUGA